CCUAAGAUGGCGGACCGGCGGCGAAGGAGGAGGCGCGCGUCUCAGGACAGCGAGGACGAUGAUGAAUCCGGCUCCGGGUCGGACGUAGUAAGGUCUGGAUCUCCGACUAACAAGAACCGCGUCAAGGAGCCCGAACCUGCGGAGGUCGCGGUGGGCCGACUGGAGGAGAAGAACGACGUGGAGUCGGAGUGUGAGAGCGAAGAUGGAGCAGGUGAAGCUGUCCUCACGGACUACGACAGCGCAGACCAGGAAGAGGCCGGCUCCCACUCUGAGGGAUUAGAGGAGGAGGAAGAAGAGCAGUUCAGUGACGAAGACCCAGCAGCUGCCUGUGACACCAAGCACACAGCUGAUGAAAACGAUGAGGAGGAGGAGGAGGAAGAAGAAGAGGAAGAGGAGGAGGAGCAGCAGCAGCAGCAGCAGCAGGAGGAGGAGGAGGAGGAGGCGGCGGAUGAGGAGGGAGGAAGGAACAAGGAGGAGAGGAAAGCAACAGAGAAAGCCAACUUGGCUGGAGAGAGACAGAGUGGGGAUGGACAGGAAUCCACCGAUGACCCCGAGACGAAGAGUGGAGGGAAGCAGGGACAGAAGCUGGAUGACGACGAGGAUCGCAAGAACCCAGCCUACAUACCCAGGAAAGGCCUGUUCUUUGAGCACGACGUCCGAGGCCACGCCCACGAGGAGGAGAGACCGAAGGGCCGGAACCGUAAGUUGUGGAAGGAUGAGGGUCGGUGGGAACACGACAAGUUCAGAGAGGAGGAGCAGGCGCCCAAGAGCCGAGAGGAACUCAUCGCCAUAUACGGUUACGACAUCCGCAACGGCGGGGGGUCUGGGGAGCGAGCCAUCCGGCAGCGGCGGUCGCGGCAGCCAUCGUCUCCUGGCAGAGAGAAGCGCUGGAGGGACGGGGCAGAGCGUCCGGCUCGCUCGUGGCAGAGCAGCCGCACCGGCUUCCCGCCUUCUCUCUCGCUCUCAUCUGCUCAGCGGAGCAACCCCAGGCAGGCCCCCCCCCGCGGCAGACCAGCCCAUCACAGCCAGUUUCGGAACACUGAGUCGAACCCGCAGGCGGUCCAGCCCCAUGAUCAGACGGGGCCCAAAGUGUCCCCAGAGCGGGCUGGAGAGCGACCCAGCAGAGGUGGGCGUGGAAGAGCCACGACUUCCGUGCCAUUGGAGGCGGUUGCGGUCGGCCGGAGCAAGGCUGAGCGAGACGUUCUGGUCCCUGCUGCGGCCCCUGUGUCCCCUCCGCCUGGAUUCCAGUCUCAGGAGCCGCGAGGGCUGAGAGACCGCUCUCAGGUAUUAGCUGCCCCCCUCACCUGCAUGGAGCCUCAGCCCUCAUCCGCCGCCAGCCGGGACGAUUCGCCCCCCACUGAGCGGCCAGUGGAGCGGAAGUCGUACUCCUUGGCCCGUAGAACUCGUUCCCGGCCCGCGGACCUGGGCAGCAAGCAGGCAUCUGUGGACGAGACGGCCGCGGCUGGGACUCCCCCCGGGGAAGGAGGAGGAGGAGGUGGAGGAGGGAAGGGCUGGUCUGGGGGUGUGGACGGGCCCAGCCCGACUGCCGCUGCAGCGCCUGGUGGACUAGACGGACUGGACCAGGAUGUGGCUCAGCUUAGUCUUGUGGGACGACAGAACUGGAGCCAGAGUCCAACUUCCUACGUCCAGAAUCCCAUCUCCUACAUCCGCUCUGAGGUGAAAGGUCUCUCUAACACCCUGCACCUGCCCACCUCACCACCUCAGUUCUCCAACAUGGAGGAGAUGAGCGUGAGCUCCAACCGAGCCAAGCGCUACUCGUCACAGCGGCAGCGCCCGGUUCCUGACGCGGCGCCGCCCAUGCACCUGGGCGUUAUGGAAGGUCACUACUAUGAACCCAUGUCGUACCAGGGGCCAAUCUACACGCACGGUGAAGGCCCCGCCCCACUGCCUCCCCAGGGCAUGCUGGUCCAGCCGGAGAUGCACAUCGCUCACCCGGGUCUCCACCCCCACCAAUCAGGAGGCCCCAUCGCUAACCCCGCCCUCUAUGGCGGCCCCCCAGUGUCUCUGUCUCCUGGACAGCCUCAGCAGCUGUUGCCACCGCCUCCGUUCUAUCCUCCACCCGGAGUCAUGACGUUCCCAUAUCCGGCAAUGUACCCAAGUCCACAGGGUCAGGCCCAGGUGACGUAUGGUGGCGUGACCUACUACGACACGGCGCAGCAGCAGGCCCAGCCCAAACCCUCACCACCCCGACGCACAUCACAGCCUGUCUCCAUCAAGCCCCCCCCUCCAGAAGUUCCCUUUGCCUCAGAGUGACGCCCCUCUACGACCACCUGACUCAGCUGCUCGCUCUGACUCUCACUACAGGGGCAGAGGUGGAUCGGCCGGAACAAACCACCUGCAGAGGGUGACUGACAGGUGUGCAGGCGGGGCGAGGUGACAGCCCCUCCCUCAACACUGAACUCUGGAGAUUUUGUUUGUUUGUUUUUUUUUAUACAAGUGACUUGGUUAUAUCAUUUGGAUGUUUAUGAUGUUGUUUUUGUUUGCUGCUGUCGUCAGAAAGUGGGAGAAAUGACAAGUCGAAGUGAGAGUCAGCCUCCCACUAGCGCCGCCCUGCUGGACGAACGGUCCAUGUCUGUUUUGUGUAUCCAUGGCGAUUGCAGUUAAAAUGGUUGGUUGUGAUGUUUCCAGAUGACAGGUCCGCUCCAGAGAUUCCAGUAACCCAGUUGUCUGUUGUUGCCACCAGGGGGCGCUGUAGAGUUUUCCUUUAUCAUUCAUAAUUUAGGCUGCAGGUGAACCACCGCAGGUUAACAAUGUACAUAACACAGGUGUAAAUAAAGUGACGACAAACGUUUUAGUUGAUUUUCUGUACACAUUUAAUACGACUUUUUGUCGUCGUAACAAAUGACUAUUACUUUUGUUUGGUUGGGAAGAAUAAAGUCAGCUGCUCGUGCUGAAACGUCA